AUGAUGAUUUUCCAAACUUCUGUUAGAUUUUUGGGUCAUAACAUUGAGAAGGGUAGGAUUAUCCCCAUUAAUAGAAGUAUUGAAUUUGCAUCUAAAUUCCCCGAUAAUAUUACUGAUAAAACUCAGCUUCAAAGAUUUUUAAGAAGCUUAAAUUAUAUUUCCCUUUUUAUAAAGGACCCUGCUAAAGACACUGCUCUUCUUUAUGAAAGAUUAAAGAAGAAUUCUAAAGCUUGGACUGACAGUCAUACUGAAGCAGUCAAUAGAAUUAAGCAGAAGGUUAAUAACCUCCCUUGUUUGACUCUCGCCAAUCCUACUUGGGAAAACGUUGUGGAAACUGAUGCCUCUGAUAUUGGUUAUGGCGAAAUACUGAAACAAUGUUCCCCUAUUAUGAGACCUACAUACAAGCCUCCUCGGCAACGAGGAAGAGGAAGGGCAGCUACUAAUAGCAAAGAUAAUAAUAUUCUUGUCCAAAUGGGAAAUCAAAAGCUUAUAGCUGCUAAUAUUACAUAA